AUGUUUAUGCGUCGUGUAACAACAGUGUUAUUUUGUAUAUCAAUCACCCUGUAUCUAUUAAAUGUCAAUAACAUUCAAAAGAAAACAUUUGAAGGUAUCAGAAUUGGCCUAGAAUUAACUAUUGAGUAUCUAAUCGAUCUUCAUUUGUAUUUUGGAAAUAAAUUUAUUGAAUAUAAAAUAUCAAAAUAUGAUAAUGAAACUUUAAAACAACCCAAUACAACUAAAGUUCAAGAUGAUUAUAAUUGUCCUGAUCAUCAAUAUAAAAUUCGAAUCAUUUCACGUAGGCCAUUAAUUAUUUAUAUAGAAAAAUUUCUUACUGAAGAUGAAAUGAAACAUUUUAUUGAACUAGGAGAAGCACGGUUUAAAGCUUCUGCAAUAGUAGGUAAUGAUGGAACACGUGUUUUGGACGAACGUCGGACAUCAAGUUCAGGUUUUAUAGAACGUCAUGAGACACCUAUUGUCAAAUGUAUUGAACAACGUUUUGCUGAAUUUCAAGGUAAUGUUGAUGUCGAACAUCUUGAACGAUUGCAAGUCGUCAAAUAUCUUGAAUCACAAGAGGCAUGCAACAUUCUUUUCUAUCUUAAUAAUAAAAGUUCAAUUAAUUAA